AUGAUCGCCGUGCCCUCACUAUUAUAUAAACGCCAACUGUUUGGACUCGGAUUUUUAAUACUGACGGCUUUGUUAUGGCACUUUAAUUCAACGUCAUGGUAUGGGAGUCAGGAUGUAGUCGGGAGCUUGACCGUAUUCCAACCAGGACUACAACCAGCAGUCGAAGCCGAAGUCGUACCCAAGCUCGACACCACAUGGCACAAGCAAAUUGCGUCAGAAAUGGCAACCGAGAAAAUGGACCUGAAGGCUGUACGGACACCACAUGGCUUACUGGACCGGACUAAGGUUGCUCUGCUCAUCGAAUCUCGACCACUUCCGUAUCUUAUUCCUCUGCUAGUGCAUUUCAUAUCCGUUGUCCCACCCGAGUGGUCGUUCCGAUUUAUGGGAAGCGACAAGUCUGUUAACAUGCUGGAAGCGAAUCCCACAAUCAGGAGGUACGUGAGAAUGAAGAAAUUAUUUAUCGACCCGGUCCCGAAAGAACUCUCCAUCAAUGGCUUCAUCGGUGAUUAUGGCCAUAUGAACCAUCUGCUCACGCAUACAUAUUUUUACGAGGAGUGGCUGUGGCCCGCUGAAUGGCUUUUUUAUUUCCAGGAUGAUAGCAUGAUCUGCUCCGCUGCGAAACGAACCCUGAAUGAUUUUGUGAACGAGGGCUAUUCCCUUAUUGGGGCUUCGCACGAGGGUAAUGAUGUAUCGGAAAUCAUUGGUGGCUUCACGCUGCGUUACAUCCCACACUUUGUAAAACAGAUUCACACGUUGUCUUUUCAUGAUUACGAGAAAGUUGGCGGGAUGCCCUCAGAAGAUGCCUAUUUCAUGUCGACAAUGAAGAAUUUGACAGACGCGAGAAUAGCAAAUGUCUCGGAGGCGAUUCGCUUCGGAGUUGUCAACGAUUGGAAUAAGGAUCCGGAGGAGAUGCCCAUGGGUUUUCAUACGUAUUCAGAAGGCGGUAUGUUCAGGUCGAAAAAUGGACAGGAACACCAAAAGAAGGCAUAUGCGUAUUGUCCAGAGUUAGCCAUUAUCUCGGUUGGACGGUGGGACUGUCAGUGCUCUCGAAACCCGCUGCAACCUGGGGGGCUCGGUGGUUGA